AUUUUUUUUUUUUUUUUGGGCACUGGGGGGCCCUUUUGUUGGGCCAGAGCCCCUUUGCCUUCAGAAAAUGGUGUCCCCCCCCUUUUCUAGUCCCGCCGGGGGGGGACGGGGCCCUCAGCCCUGUCCUUUCUCCUCAGAGCUGAGGAGAAAACUCCCCUCCCCCCUCACUCCAAGGGCGACUUCCUUCGGUUUUUUUACUCCUUCCCCCUUUCCCCCCUUUAAAAAUUUAAAACUCUCACCGGGGAUAACGACUGCUAAUCAUUUCGUGUCUUUCUUCUUUGCUUCUAAUUUUUUUUCAUUAUUUUUUAUUUAUUGUGCCCACCCCCCACCCUUUUUUUUAUUAUUUUUUUUUUUAUUUUUCCUUUCCCCGCUCCAGGUUUGGUUGCUCUUGAGAGACGCCGUCGCCUUUACCACGAGAAAAAAAAACAAAAAAACAAAACAAAACAAACAAUACAAUACAAAAACAAACAAAACAAACAAUACAAAUACAAAAAAAAUAGGGGGAAGAAAUAAAAAACAACCUUUUCUUCCCCCUUUUCCGCUCCCAUCCCGGUGCUGUGGAAGAGCCGCCAUCGCAGCCUCCGUCCUUUGGACCGUCCUUGGGAAGCCGUUUCAAACUCGAAGGAAACUGCCACUUAAAAAAACAUAUUCUCCCUCUUCUUUCCCUCCAAAACAGCAAACUGCCAAAAAAAUCCUUUUUUUUUUUCAAAACCCAAAAAGCAACUUUUUUUUUUUUUAAAAGGAAUUUUUUUUCCAGCCUUUCGCUCGACAAAACCACUCCCUUAGGGGAAAAAAAACCCUGAAAAAACCCUUCCCUACCCCUAAAAAAAAACCCCUCAUCAAGCUGAAAAAAAAAAAAGUUGCUCUUUUUUUUUUUUAAAGCCAUGACCAAAAGCAAAGCAAUUCUUUUUUUGCUCUAACACCACCAAUGCCAAAAUCCAACCCUUGAAGCGCUGUCGGCGAGAAAAAUAAUUGGAUAGUAAGUUGAAUUUUCAACCAGCUGAAUUCCCCUUUCCCCCCCCAAAAAAAGAAAACCCCCCAAAAAACCCCCAAAAACUUAUUUGUACCAAAGAGAGAAAAAUAAUGGGAGGAAGAACCCCAACUGUGUGCUUGAGGAGGACGUAGGCUUUGCAAAAAGGGCUUUUCUGCCAUGGGCUCGGGCCCCAUCGACCCCAAGGAGCUCCUCAAGGGCUUGGACUGCUUCCUGGGCCGCGAUGGCGAGGUCAAGAGCACUGAGGGCAUCACCAAAAUCUUCAACUUAAUGAAGGAGUCGCAGAAGAUGGUGAGUCGCUGCAUCUACCUGAACAUCCUGCUGCAGACGCGGGCGCAGGACAUCCUGGCUAAAUUUAUCCGGAUCGGGGGUUACAAGCUCCUCAACACCUGGCUCACCAGUUCCAAAGCCUCCAACAACGUCCCGUUCCUGCAGCAGAUCCUCCUCACCCUGCAGCACCUGCCCCUCACUGUUGAUCACCUCAAACAGAACAACACAGCCAAGCUGGUGAAGCAGCUCAGCAAAUCAAGCGAUGAUGAAGAGCUGCGCCGCCUCGCCUCCAUCCUCGUCAGCGACUGGAUGGGUGUCAUCCGCUCCCAGAGCAGCGCCCAGCCGACCGAACGGGAUAAAAAGAAGCGGAAAGAAGAAAACAAAACCAAAACGCCCGUCCAAGAGAAACCCCAAGAAGCCAAAACCGAGGCUAAAACCGAGGAGGUGGCGGAGAAGAAGCGGGAGAAACCCAAAUCCCUGCGGACCACCGCUCCCAGCCACGCCAAAUUCCGUUCCACCGGGCUGGAAACGGAGACGCCUUCGUUAGCGCCCGUGAAGAAAAUGAACUCGUCUUCGACUGCCGAUAAAUACAACCUGAAACCAAUGCCCAUAAAGAGGCAAAACAUUUCCUCCCUUCCCGGUGACGUUCCUCCUGCCGAGAAGAAAUACAAACCGCUGAACACGGCGCCCAACGCCACCAAGGAGAUCAAAGUCAAGAUCAUCCCGCCUCAACCUAUGGAAGGCCUCGGCUUCCUCGAUGCCCUCAACUCCGCUCCCAUCCCUGGAAUUAAGAUUAAGAAGAAGAAAAAGGUUUUGUCCCCUACGGCGACCAAGCCCAGUCCCUUUGAGGGAAAACCAGCUCCCGAAACCAGUUCCGCCAAACCUUCCUCCCCGGAGCCCACCGCGGCGUCGGAGCCGAUGGAGACGGAUCGACCCGGUACGCCGGUACCGGCCGUGGAAGUGCCGGAACCGAUGGAGACGUGCUCGUCGGAGACGAGCGGUGACGCCAAAGCCACCGAAAACCAGUCGGAAAGCGGCCAGCUCACCAAAAAAGGUCGAAAAAAGAAAACGGUGAGUUGGCCGGAGGAGAGCAAACUCCGCGAAUACUUCUACUUCGAAUUGGACGAGACCGAACGAGUCAAUGUCAACAAGAUCAAGGAUUUUGAGGAAGCGGCCAAGCGGGAGAUGCUGAAGGAUCGACACGCCUUCGAGACGGCCCGGCGCCUCAGCCACGACGCCAUGGAGGAGAAAGUGCCCUGGAUUUAUCCCAAACUCCUCGAUCUCCCCGCUCCCCUCGUCGUCCCGGGCAGCGGAAGCCGGGAACGUUUUACUCAGGCCGAGAGGGAGAAAGGGAUCUUGCAGGAAAUCUUUUUGUCCAAGGAGAGCGUUCCUGACAGCCCUCACGAACCCGAUCCGGAAUCCUACGAACCGCUGCCGCCCAAACUCAUCCCGCUGGACGAGGAUUGCUCCGCCGAGGAGGUCGCUUAUCCCGAAGGAUUGGAAGCCGGCGCCGCCUCGCCCUCCCCGGAUCCCGGCGGUGCCGGUGCCAAACUGCCCCCGGUGCUGGCCAACCUGAUGGGGAGCGUGGGGGCCGGUAAAACCCCCCAGGGACCCGCGCCCGCCGCCCCCAUCAACAUGCAGGAGAUCCUCACCUCCAUCAUGGGCGGGCCCAGCACCCACAAGGCCGAGGAGCUGAUGAAACAGCCGGAUUAUUCGGAUAAAAUCAAACAUCUGUUGGGGAACCUGCAGGCUCAGCCGCCCGGACCCAGCGGAGUGCCCCACGGCUUGCUGGGCCCCGGCCCCAUGGCCAACGGCUUCCCGCCCGGCCCCAAGGCCAUGCAGCACUUCCCGCCGGGGGGGCCCAUGCCCGGACCCCACGGAGGAGGCGGGGGGGGACCCGGCCUCCCCCCAGGCCCGGGGAUCCCCGGCGGCCCCCGACUUUUGGGGCCGCCCCCCCCGCAACGCGGCGGCGGCGGCGGCGAUUUUUGGGAAGCGCCGGAAGGGGGGGGCGCGCUCCGAGGCGGCCCCCACGGCGGCGGCGGCGGCGGCGGCAUGCGCGGGGGGGGCCCCUUUCACCGCCCCCGCGGCCGUAGCGGCGCCGAACCCCCGUACCGAUGCCGCGGCGGCGGCGGAGGCGGCGGCGGAGGGGGGGGUCGCAACGGGGGCCCCCCAAAUAGCGGCGGCGGCGCACGGGGGGGGCCCCCCGGUAGCCACGGCGAUCACGGCAGAGGCCACCCCGGCGAACACCCCCGGGGCCACGGCGGAGGCCACGGAGGAGACAUGUCGAGCCGCGCCGUCUGUCGCCACUUCAUGCUGAAGGGCAGCUGCAGGUACGAGAACAACUGUGCCUUCUACCACCCCGGCGUCAACGGGCCGCCCCUGCCGUAGCGCCCGCCGCCGCCCUUCCUCCCGCGCCGCCGCCGCCUCCUCCUCCUCCUCCUCCUCCUCCUGCCCUUCCUCCCCUCUCCUCCUCCUCCUCUCAGACUCGCGCUGCAGCCGCCACUCAUAUGGCUUCUGUGAGGCCUCCGUGAUGCCCCCGGCGCUGAAUCCAACCCCCCCCCCCUUCCAGGGCGUAAAAAUCCACCUAUGGGGCAGAGAUCCCCCCCCGAGGGGUGGAAAUACCCCUCUAUAGGGUGAGAUACCCCUCUAUAGGGUGCAAAUACCUGCCUGUGGGGCAGAAAUACUCCUCUAUAGGGUGAAAUCCCCCUCUAUAGGGUGUAAAUACCCACCUAUGGGGCAGAAAUCCCCCUCUGUAGGGUGUAAAUACCCACCUAUGGGGCAGAAAUCCCCCUCUAUAGGGUGUAAAUACCCACCUAUGGGGCAGAAAUUCCCCUCUGUAGGGUGUAAAUCCCCCCCUCGGGGCAGAAAUCCCCCCCCAGGCUGUAAAUCCCCCUCCCCAGGGGGGGCUGGAC